AUUUACUUCACUUUGUGUUUCUAUUUCUGAAUUGGUGUGUGUGUGUGUAGCUAUAGUUCUUGCUUAUUCAACUGGCGAGAUGGCAGACUGUAUCUCUAAGGUUGAGCUGACGGUUUCCUGCGCGAACCUGCUGGAUAAAGAUGUUGGCUCAAAAUCAGACCCUCUUUGUGUACUGCUGCAGAAAACAGGAGACCAAUGGACAGAGCUGUGUCGCACUGAACGUCUGGACAACACCUCAAGUCCAUCCUUCAGUCAGCGCCUGAGAGUGGAUUAUCACUUCGAGAUGGUUCAGAAUCUGAAGUUUGGGGUCUACGACAUUGAUAACUCCACUUCUAAUCUUGCCGAUGAUGAUUACCUCGGAGGGACAGAGCUGACGCUGGGACAGAUAGUUUCCAGCAAAACUAUAACCAGACCUCUUCAGCUGAAGAAAGACAAGCCAGCUGGGAAAGGAAGCAUCACAAUCACUGCAGAGGAAAUAAAAGACAACAGAGCCAUUGUGUUGGAGUUGGAAGCUAAAAAGCUUGACAAGAAGGAUACAUUUGGGAAGUCUGAUCCAUUCUUGGAGAUUUUUAAACAAGGAGAAGAUGGGAAAUGGCAGCUGGUUCACAGAACAGAGGUGGUGCAGAACAACCUGAACCCCAGCUGGAAGAAGUUCACUGUUCCACUGCAGACCUUCUGCUCCUGCGACAUGGAAAAACCUUUGAAGAUGGAUUGUUCAGACCACGACAAUGACGGGUCUCAUGAUUUGAUUGGUUCUUUCACAACAAAAGCCUCGGAAUUGAUGAAAGCUGAUGGUGGCUCACCAGUAGAAUUUGACUGCAUCCACCCAGAGAAACAGAAGAAGAAGAAAAGCUACAAGAAUUCUGGGGUUGUGUCAGUGAAGAGCUGUAAGCUGAUGACUCAGUACACAUUCCUGGACUUUGUGAUGGGUGGCUGCCAGAUCAACUUCACUGUUGGCAUCGACUUCACCGGCUCAAAUGGUGAUCCUCGCUCGCCCAACUCUCUCCACUACAUGAGUCCGGAUGGGCUGAACCAGUACCUGUCUGCUCUGUGGUCUGUGGGACAGGUCGUCCAGGACUACGACACUGAUAAACUCUUCCCAGCAUUCGGGUUUGGAGCCAAACUGCCUCCAGACUUUCAGGCGGCCCAUCAUGAGUUCGCUCUCAACUUCAACCCCACUAAUCCAUACUGUCAAGGCAUUCAGGGGAUUGUGGAUGCUUACAGAGCGGUUUUGCCUCAAAUUAAACUGUCCGGGCCCACAAACUUCUCUCCCAUCAUCAACCACGUCGCUUCCAUCGCCUCCAGUGGCGCUCAGGCUCCCACCGCCUCUCAAUACUUCGUUCUCCUCAUCCUCACUGAUGGCGAAAUCACCGACUUGGACCAGACCAGGGAUGCUAUAGUUCGGGCAUCCCGGCUGCCCUUGUCGAUUAUUAUUGUGGGGGUGGGGCCGGCUGAUUUUAAGGCCAUGGAGCUUCUGGAUGGAGACAAUGGCGUCCUCAAGUCCACUGUUGGCGAGGCCGUAUCCAGAGACAUCGUCCAGUUUGUCCCAUUCAGAAAUUUCAAAGAUGCUCCCAUAGCGACGCUGGCUCAGGCUGUUCUCGCUGAGGUCCCCAACCAGCUUGUGUCUUACUUCAAAAUGAGAGGCCUCGAACCGCAGAAACAAGCUGCUCCCAAAUCCUAAAUGUCGCCUGCGUUCCCCAAGUCUACACAUCAAACUCCAGUCUAAUCUCAUUCCACAUCACAAUAAUGUAGUUAUAUGCGUCACACAAUCAACCAGUCAUUGAUGAGUAGCAUGAAGUAUCUACCAAUUGCAAAGCAGUACUUAAUCUACAAGCCUUUUCCAAUAAUUCUGGGUAAAUCCCCUUUUAAAAUAGUUUUAUUACUACAUACUUUACAUAUUUAUCUCUCUAGCACCUAAAUGAUAAUAAGAUAGAUUAGGACUUUUGCUUCUUUAUAACUAACUAUGCAUGUUUCGUGUCAAGUGUGAAACACUGAGCCACACACAGGAAAAUUUUAUCACUCUCUCUAGUGGACAUAUGUGGAACUACAGGAGCAGGUAUCUCACCACUCAGUAUUUUCAUUCCCAGUUAUUACCAGAACUUUUGCACUUCAACCAGCUGUGUUUUUGUGGUCUCUGAUGAGCUUUAUUGAUUAGGUGCCAACACUUUGCACUUUGCCUUUGCCUAAAAUGCUGGAAAACUAGAAUAGAAUGAAAGAUGCAAUCAGCUUUGCACCUCAAGCCUUACUCAAAACAUUCUUGUUGCCUUAUUUUUGCAAUGCAGCCGUGCCUGUAGGAUGCUUCUCAGCCAUUAUAGCCUGAGGUUAGCAACAUAGCUAACAUUAGCUUGUUGAUGACGCCAUGAUUAUUCCUAUUGCUGCAUAUUUUACUUUGUUGGUUACCAGAUCAUAAAUUGUUAAAUCUACUAUAUUUGUGCAGUUGUAAACCUUCGUUGUUGCCUCCAUCAUGAUGGUCAUCUCAGUGCAUUUUUUUUUUUACUUUAAAUGAGACCAAAGCAUAUGGUCAGAAUUAUUACAUGCUGAAGAUGCAGUGUAAAAAUCACACUAUCCGUAAUAACACAAUAGAACCAGAACAGAAAAUGUUGUUAAAUUGUCAAAACUCACAUUUAUUGUCAUUAAAUACAUUUAUUAUCUGUAAUGUACACUGCUGCCAACAUUUCCAACAGUAAUCACUUAACUAGUACUUGUGCAUUUAUUUCCAGUGAUGGUCACUUAAAAUCACAUUUAACCACUUUAAAUCACCACUUUAAAAAAACUUUCUUUACAUCUUGGGAUAAAAAUGUAAAAAAAAAAUUAAAAUAAACUUCCUUUACAUUUUGGGAUAAAAAGAGUAAUGUAUUUUUUGUCUUUUGUUUUCUAUAGUUUACUUUUGAACUUGUGCAGAGGAGAGUUGAUCAUGUUUGGGAACAGUUUAAAUAAAUGCCACAUUUGCACAAAAUGUGUUUGCUGAAAGUCUUUGGGAUGGUGCUGAAAGUGCUAAAAAUAGCUUGAAACGCACACCGACAGUUAUUGUCUCCUCUUUGAGCAAAACUGCUACAUCACAUCAUUCUCAGCCAUUAUCUUUGCAUAGUGUGCCUUUUUUAGUUUAUAAAACUGUUUUAGUCAGGAGAAAAGAGGUAGCUGCAUACAAUCCUCUUAAACAAUCUUUAUCUUUGGCAUAUUCUAUAUCAGCAUCAUGAAACAAAUCUUUCGUUUACUUUCAAUGGAAGCUAUUUUUAUGCUUUCAUUUGGUUCUUUCACCUUUUGUCGUGGUUUAGAUAUGCGCUGACGUUCAUCUUUGGGAUUAGUGGUUUAUUUCCUUGUCUAACCUCUUGAAAAAUGCCUGGUGUCUGGUAAAGGGACCUUCAGUAGCUUCUAAAAGUAAACAUUUGCUUUUUAAAAUAAAAUAACAUAUCUGCUAAAGGAAUAAAAGCAAGCAUUUUUGAUAUCUUUUUUUGUUACCUAUUCGACUGCAAAUCCAGAUUUUUUAGUUUUCAUGCCAAAUUGCAGUUUAAAAUUUAGUUAGCUUCUCUCAGGUUUUAAACCCUUUUGGUUUAAUUGAUGAAUUGGUCUUGAAAUAGUUUUCUUUAAAAUACCUUUAAAGUAAACUCUUAACUCUGUUAAAUCAUGCAAGCCAUUUUUCUCUUGUCUUUUCAUUGUAAUCUUGCCAACAUGUCAUGUGAUAUGAUGCUGGAUUCUCAUUAAGUAAAGUCAUUCCUGCUACAUCAUUUAUAGCCUGCAAUUAUUUGUUUUUAACAUCUGAACAAAUGCUCCAGUAUCUAUCAUGGUAAAACCAGUAUAUCAAAUAACAUGUCUCUUCCAAUACUGCAUGUUUGAAUCAAUAAAUAAAAGCAAGUUUGGUAAACAAAGA